CUACUCCGUAUGUAAAUAAUUCCAAUAUUUGGAAAAUAGGAAAAAUCCAACUGUUGAAGAAGCUUGAAUGACCCAUCAACAAAAGGAGCUUCCAUCUACCAGAAAAUUUGACUCUGAUUCUCAGCCUUCGCCAAACCCUAGUUUGAGGUGAUUUAUACGGAUAAGGUCGAACAACGCCCUUAAGCUCGGAGAUAUUACUGCUACUUAAAUUUCAGCAUUGUAGGAAAGGAUCUGAAGGUUUUUACUAGGCCAUUGUCCCAUGUUUCCAGAGUGUUGUCUAGGGUUGGCAGACUUGAAUGGAUUUUCCCAUUCUGGGACAUCAUCAUAAAAUUUUAACUGACGAAACUGAUUUGUUGAUGGAGGGAGUUAACAGUCGCAGUGAUACUGAACACGUUAUUGACAUAACAAGCAGUGGUAGUGCUUCUUCAUCUAAUUCAUCCCAUGAGAGGCCAUCACCUGGUUUGGAACAGCAAAGAAGUGAAGACCUGCCAUCUACUAGUUCUAGGGUUCCCCUUUAUCAGCCUCAACCUUCUACUGCCAGUGGGUCAAUCUCAAGGAAUUCACUAAGUCGAAGAGGAAGUACUCGCAACCGACAAAGAAGUCCAUUAAAUUCCGGGUUAUGGAUAUCUGUUGAGCUUAUAUUAACAGUCAGCCAAAUUAUAGCAGCUAUUGUUGUCUUUUCCUUGUCAAGAAGUGAGAAACCGCAUGCCCCUUUGAGAACAUGGGUUGUUGGAUAUGCAUCUGGCUGUUUGGCAAUACUUCCUCUUCUAUAUUGGCGUUUUAAACAUCGUAAUCAAAGUCAAGAGCAGGACUCAUCUCAGAACGGACAAGAUGCUUCCCUGAGCAAUAACUCUGCUCUUCCUUUCUCAAGGAGAUCAAUAAACAGAGAAGACAGCUGGACAACUGGUACAACAACUAGAAGCACUCAAAGUAAUGAAUUGCUGAAUUCGAGGCUUAAGGUAUUUGUCGAAUAUUUAAAGCUAGCUUUGGACUGCUUCUUUGCUGUGUGGUUUGUCGUUGGAAAUGUAUGGAUUUUUGGAGGCCACUCGUCGUCUGCUGAAGCUCCAAAUUUAUACAGGUUGUGCAUAGUGUUUCUGACCUUCAGCUGUAUCGGUUAUGCUAUGCCUUUUAUUCUGUGUGCUACGAUCUGCUGCUGCCUCCCCUGUAUAAUAUCAGUCCUGGGCAUCAGAGAAGAUUUUACUCAGAACCGUGGAGCUACUCAAGAUUCGAUUAACUCUCUCCCAACCUAUAAAUAUAAAAUCAAGAAAAACAAGAACAGUAAGGAACAUAGCUCUAAUGCAACCGAGGGUGGGAUAGUGGCUGCUGGAACGGAGAGAGAGCGCGUAAUAUCAGGAGAGGAUGCUGUUUGUUGCAUUUGCUUAGCGAAAUAUGUCAACAAUGACGAGCUCAAGGAGCUACCUUGCGCUCAUUUCUUCCACAAGGACUGCGUGGAUAAAUGGCUGAAAAUCAACGCCACGUGCCCACUCUGCAAAGCCGAGGUUGGUGAUACCCUUUUCAGCUCGCUCACUGCAGCAACUGCCAGCCUGCAAAACAGCACCAUGCUGUAUCGGUGAGGAAAAAUAAACGCAAAAAAAGAGCUCGGAUGAACUUACAAAUUGUUCGUUCGCCAACUGUGCAUAGUCGAUCAUGAGGAGGCCUAGACCCGCAAUCCUAUCCUGUGGUUUUUGGGCCGAAAUCGCAAUUCUACUGUUGUACUUUGAUCUAUAAGUGUUCUUUGCCUAGUAUACUGUGAAUUGUGAAGAACAUUGCCAUGUAUUUAAGGAUGGGAUAAAUGAAUUUAUGUAAUUGUAAUGUAAUAUUGAUUCAUGUUCA